UCGUAAAGUGAGCACGCGGCUAAAUUUCAACGCCAAGUGGGAAAUAAUAAUUCUGCAAAAGAAGUUUUUAUUCUGUGACUUUUGUAAGAAGUUUAAUAACUAGAAGAACAAAACGUGGACAAAUCUGCAAUUGAGAAAAACAAAAAAAGAGAAGAUAAGAAAAUAAUUCAGGAAGGAGAAUAAUAAGAUGGGUGAUGAAGGCGGCGGCGGUGGAGGCGGCGGUGAUUUAAAGUCCUUUCUCAUAGACUUUAUGGCCGGCGGUGUUUCGGCGGCGUUGGCCAAAACGGCUGUUGCUCCCAUUGAGCGGGUAAAGCUGCUACUCCAGGUGCAGGAGGUGUCCAAGCAGAUAGCACAGGAUCAACGCUAUAAAGGCAUCGUCGACUGCUUCGUACGCAUUCCGAAGGAGCAAGGAUUCGCCUCAUUCUGGCGCGGAAAUCUCGCGAAUGUCAUACGAUAUUUUCCCACACAGGCAUUGAAUUUUGCAUUUAAAGAUGUCUACAAGUCGGUAUUUCUGGGCGGCAUUGACAAGAAGAAGCAAUUCUGGCGUCACUUUAUGGGCAAUUUAGCAUCUGGCGGCGCUGCUGGAGCAACAUCUCUAUGUUUUGUCUAUCCACUUGAUUUUGCGCGAACGCGUUUGGCUGCCGAUGUGGGAAAGGGAGGUCAACGCGAGUUCAACGGCUUGAUCGACUGUCUGAAGAAGGUGGUGAAAUCGGAUGGACCGAUUGGUUUGUAUCGCGGCUUCAUUGUAUCCGUGCAGGGUAUUAUCAUUUAUCGGGCCGCAUACUUUGGCUUCUACGACACCUGUCGCGAUCACCUGCCGAAUCCGAAGAGUACACCGUUCUAUGUGAGCUGGGCGAUUGCUCAGGUGGUGACAACCGUUGCCGGCAUUGCAUCUUAUCCCUUCGAUACGGUGCGACGUCGCAUGAUGAUGCAGUCGGGCCUGAAGAAAUCGGAGAUGCUCUACAAGAAUACCGCCCACUGUUGGAUGGUGAUUGCCAAGCAGGAGGGCAUGUCCGCCUUCUUUAAAGGCGCUUUCUCCAACAUUAUCCGCGGCACAGGUGGCGCUUUAGUGCUCGCCAUCUAUGAUGAGUUUAAGAAAUAUGUAUAAUUCCUCCAACCGCAUCUCCAACCCGGAUAAUGGACUUAUUCUCUACACUCACCACUCGCCACUUCUAUGACAACAACCAAAAUUCGAAAUAGCCCGAAACAAACAAAUAAUCAAAUAUCGAAUCUCCGACUAGACGUUUAUCCAUCAAUAUAUAUGAACUGGAACUGGAACUGUAAUUCCCAUCUUUCCACAGUCUCCUCUCUUGUGUGUGACUAUUUCAUUAAUUUAUCAAAUUAUUUCAAAAGUUAGUUGAAGGAUAAUAAAAAUACUAAAUUUAUUUAAA